AUGGGGUCGGACUCUGAUAUGACCUCGUUGUCUGUCGAACCGUCCUCGAUGUGGACCUCCAAACAGAUGACAUUCAUCCCCAUUCCACCUCUCCCAGAUGUAUGCAAUGCGUAUCAUCUGAUCGAGAGAAGCAAUAAUAUAAUAUUUUCAUCGGUACCAGCGGAUCAGGCACUAGUCUUUCUGUUGCCACCAUCUCAAGCCAGCUAUCCACUAUUCGCAUCUCACAACGUGUAUGAGUGGAUUACGCUGGUCUCGGAAGAGGCGCCUAUCUCUCCGGAUAUAGACGUCACCCUCCAUAAUCAAGAUCGCUCGCCUAUCCGAUCGCAAGUAACCCAAGUGGAAGGUCAGAUCGAGGUGCAGCGCACAACCAUUGACUACAACGUUGAAUCGAUAUCAGUUGAGAGUCUGUGCAGUUACAUCCAGGAGUUCCUAAAAAAAAUUAAAGAAAAAUCCAAUCCUGAGAUGAACAUAGUCGCGGUUAAAAGCCAGCCAAGUCAUUUUUGCCCGCUCUAUGACACGAGCAUCCCGAGCAACUACAAGACGGACAAAAAGCUCACAGGAACUGCUACCAGAACUCGAGACAUUCGAAGACAAGAUCUAAGCUGUGUUCAACCCUUAACAUUUCGAAGAUAA